GAGGGAGGGGGCCUGAGGUACCCAGCGAGCCAGGCAUCUGUGGGGCUGGGUGGGGGUCUGAUCAGGAGGGGACCCUUGGCCUCUGCUCCCUGGAGGAGUCAUUCCCCAAAUACAGUGUCGAUCAGACGGGUCUGGGGCCCUGCGCAGGAGACCUGGAGCACCUGGAAUCCACAGGCUGGGAUGGGGGGCAGGCAACCGCAGCACACUGCCCAUCCGUCCAAGGCAGCCAAGAGAAACAGGCCACUGCUCGCCCGGGGAGCCUGUCCUUGCAGUUCUCUUGCUGCCCCUGUCACCAGUCUCUGUGGACCUGGCCAGGGAACAGGCACAGCCAGGCAGGUAACAGGAGCCAGCCCCAGGCCUGGCAUUUUGCUAGAGCUGCAUGCAGCCUCUCCCUUAAUCAUCGAAACUGCCCCGUGGAAAUGGGACACUGAGGCUGAGAGAGCACAGAAAGGGCACUUAACUGCCAUGUACUUUAGUGAGGUUGGUAUAGGCCCCAUUUUAGGGCCCAAGUCCGAGCAGCAUUCCUGUGAGGUGUCCUCUGAGGGCACGUUGCCCCGUCUCCCCAGCCUAUACCCCACCCCACCCCCACCCCCAGCCCUCUGUCAGCGGCCGUCCUCUGGGGCCAUCAGCAUUGUGCUACAGUCCUUGUGUCUCAGCCCCACGCCAGGGUCUCCCAGGAGGUCCUUCUGGCUUGACGAGCGCUCCUUUGAGAGCCCCCGAAAUCACACCACAUGCCUCACUGCCCUGGGAGGAAGCCUCUACUCAGAGGGCAGCACCCACACGGCCACAAACAAGCAAUGUGUCCGCGUGUCUAAAAUGGAUGUUGUUGCUCAGUCCUGUGGCCCCACGGCUGACCCCUGCUACCUCCGCCUCACGGCCCAGCCACUGGCCACCUUGCCCACAUCCUGCUCCAGCUUCAGCACACACUUUACAACUGUCACAAGUUUUCACAGCCUGUCCUGAGGCCUCUGAGCCCCUCAAAGCAGCCACAGGGAUUAAGAUGGGGGCAGGGACCAGCAUUUCUGGGUCUUCAGGUUAUGCCAUCUGGCACAGGAGGAGAGGUAGGGGCUUUGGAGCCUGUCAGAUCUGCUUUCUAACUUCUACCACUUAGCCAGCUAGGACCCUUGGGCCAAGAGCCUCAGUCUACUCACCUGUAGAAUGGGGACAACGAUGCCAACCUCACUGGAGAAUGUUCUAAAGCAUGACAAUAGUACGUGCCAUUGUCCCAGGGCGGCAGGACACAUUUAGGUGCAACUGAAGCAGGAAUGGGGGUAAGGAGCCCUUCCAUUCCUGACUUUGCAGGCUGAAUAAUAAGAAACGGCCAGGCACUGUUGUAGGCAUUUUACGCGUCCUUUCAAUCCUCACAACAGCGAGACGCUAUUAUCAUUAGUCCCAUUUUACCGAUGAGGACACAGGUUCAGAAAGGUGAACUACCUCACCCAAGGUCACCCAGCUAGCUGGCUCCAUCCACACCGUUAAGCUCUGUUCCUGCUGUCUUUGGGGUUGGGAAUAAAUGUCCAUUGAGAUAAUGUCUUCACUUGCGAUUCCGGUCAGCUAUGGUUUUUGAGCUUCUGUGACAAGGUCACAUUGCUAGGCCCGGGAGGAUGCUAGGCAUGAGCCAGACAGGACCCAGGCCAUCCUGGAGAGGCGACCCAGCAAGGUCAACAAGCCUUCGCAGUGCAGUGUGAAAAGGUCUUGCGAUUGGAGCAGGGAUUGGCUGGUGACCGCUGAGGUCCCCCUUCUGCAUAUGCCGUUCUAACAUCCACUGCCAU